UUCCGCUUCCGGUUGUCUGGGCGCUGGGUUCCGGAGAGAGGUUGCUGCGGUGGUCGCGAUGGGGAAGUCAGAUUUUCUUACCCCGAAGGCCAUUGCCAACAGGAUCAAAUCCAAGGGUCUUCAGAAGCUGCGCUGGUAUUGCCAGAUGUGCCAGAAGCAGUGCCGGGACGAGAAUGGCUUUAAGUGUCAUUGUAUGUCCGAAUCUCAUCAGAGACAACUAUUGCUGGCUUCAGAAAAUCCUCAGCAGUUUAUGGAUUAUUUUUCAGAGGAAUUCCGAAAUGACUUUCUAGAACUUCUCAGGAGACGCUUUGGCACUAAGAGAGUUCACAACAACAUUGUUUAUAAUGAGUAUAUCAGCCACCGAGAGCACAUCCACAUGAAUGCCACUCAGUGGGAAACUCUGACUGACUUUACCAAGUGGCUGGGCAGAGAAGGCUUGUGCAAAGUGGAUGAGACACCUAAAGGCUGGUAUAUUCAGUAUAUAGACAGGGACCCGGAAACUAUCCGCCGGCAACUGGAACUAGAGAAAAAGAAGAAGCAGGACCUUGAUGAUGAAGAAAAAACUGCUAAAUUUAUUGAAGAACAAGUGAGAAGAGGUCUGGAAGGGAAAGAACAGGAAGCCCCUGUUUUUACAGAAUUAAGCAGAGAAAAUGAUGAAGAGAAAGUGGCAUUUAAUUUGAAUAAAGGAGCAUGUAGUUCGACAGCAACAUCUUCCAAGUCAAGUUCUUUGGGACCAAGUGCAUUGAAGGUAAUAGAGGCCACAGCAUCAGUGAAACGGAAAGAACCUUCCCAUAGCUCAGCUCAAUCAAAAGAAAAGAAGAAAAAGAAGUCUGCACUGGAUGAAAUCAUGGAGAUUGAAGAGGAAAAGAAAAGAGCUGCCCGAACAGACUACUGGCUACAACCUGAAAUAAUUGUGAAAAUUAUAACCAAAAGACUUGGAGAGAAAUAUCACAAGAAAAAAGGCAUUGUUAAGGAAGUAAUUGACAAAUAUACAGCUGUUGUAAAGAUGAUUGACUCUGGAGACAAGCUGAAACUUGACCAGACUCAUUUAGAAACAGUAAUUCCAGCACCAGGAAAAAGAAUUCUUGUUUUAAAUGGAGGCUACAGAGGAAAUGAAGGUACCUUAGAAUCUAUCAAUGAGAAGACAUUUUCAGCUACUAUAGUCAUUGAAACUGGCCCUUUAAAAGGACGCAGAGUUGAAGGAAUUCAAUAUGAAGACAUUUCUAAACUUGCUUGAGUUUGAAAAUUUUUGAACAUAUUAAAAUACUAAAGCAUCAAAUUGGUGUUCGCCAAGGCAUUAUGAGACUCUACUGUGUUAGGGUAUUUCUUUUAUAUAUAACAGAGGAUUUCUGUAAAUAUUAUUGUAUAGUUGUUUAGCUAAACUUGUAGGAAAUCUAAUUAUGUCUUAUGAAAUAUCAAACUAUGUAAAUUUGUUCUUAUUUUUGUUUUCUUUAUAAUAUUUCCCUGAUUUUUAAAAUUUGCAUUAAAAGAAUAUUAUUGUAAAA